GGUUAGGUCGGUUGGCUAUUGGCAGUUAAAAACCUCAGUCUCCCUCCUUAGUUUUCCCGAUACCCAAACUGUACGGAAGUCGUUAGGGCUUUAUGGGAUCUCUCUCUCUCUAUAUCUCUAUCUAUCUCUGACCCUACUCACUACCUAACCGAUUAGGGUUUUAGAUUCUAAUCCCCAUUCUUCAAAAUUGGGGCUUUUUUUUUUUGUUCAAAAAAAAAAUCCCCAAAUUCUGUGUUUUCUUCUCUAAUUCCAUUUCCCGGCGACGAAUUCGAUUGCUUCAUCGGAAAAAGGUAUGACAGGGAUUGAUGCAGAGCUGUGCAUGGAGGAGUUUGUGGCGAAAAUCGAAGUGGAGGAUCAGGAGAAGUUGGAGCUGGAGUAUGGUGUUGAAAUCGAAGCAGAGGCCGUGGUGGAUGCAUGCCGAAUCAUUAAGCAGUACCCUGAUGUUUUUCAGUUUAAUUGUAGAGGAACACUGGAUGAUACCGAGAGGGCUAUUUUGCAAAUGAAGGUAGUAGAGCUUCUAGAAGAGGCUUGUUUGAGAUUGAGGCAUAAGUUUGACUACUCGAGAGAAGGAGAGGAUGAACUAGAGGUGGGGGAGUACAGGUUGCAUCGUGCACUUGUUGAGUUGAAUGAAAUCGAAAAGGAAAGAGAGCCAUCCACCCAAAAAUGGAGGGAUCGUGUGGCCAAGGAACGCGAAGAACUAAACGAUAUGUGGAACAAGUUGGAGAUAAAGUGGUUGGAAUUACAAGCUUCACGGCAGAGAUAUGACAUCAGAGCUCGGGAGGCACUUUUGUUGGAAAGGAUGCGGGAAGGACUGGUUUACUAUUUAAAUGAGGAAAGAUCGAAGGAAAAUUUCUCUGGGUUGUUGCAAUGGCUUGAUGAACAUGUGACUGAGCUUUUAUAUACAACUCGCAAAGAUUUUAAGCAUGAGCUGACCGUUAGCUCGCAUGCUAUUGCACUGGCAGCAAGCUUGUUGAUUGAUGCUCCACCAUCGCAGUUGCUUUCCGAAUCACCAGUACUUCAGAACCAUGAAUUAAUUAGGAGGGUAAUUGGACAAGAACAUGUUCUACUUGCAGUCAGUGCUGCUUUAUCGAGGCAGAGGCCUCCACGACGCCCUAUUGGAUCCUUCAUCUUCAUGUGUGGAUCCGGUUGUGGGAGGACAGAAAUUGCCAAACUUUUGGCCACUCUAGUCUUUGGUAAAAAAGACAUGCUAACCGAGUUUGAUCUAGAAAAGUACACAGGACCAAAUUCUUUAUCACGCCUUCUUGGUGUUCUCUGUAGUAGCCACAUUGAACCAGGCAAGAAGGGAGAGCUAUGUGUUAAGAAGAGGCAUCUAGGUGUCAUUUUGUUUGACAAUGUUGACAAGGCUCCUGCGCCUAUUAUUGAGCUUUUGACCCAGAUUAUAGGCUUUGGUUAUCUAGUAGAUGGUAAUGGGAAUAGUGUUGACUUCACUAAUACAAUGAUCAUCAUGACGACAAAUAUUGGAUGUGAUCAAUUGUGGCCGUGGAAUUGCAAAUGUGCUGAUGAAGUUCAAAAGUUUCCUGUCAAAGAAGGAUUAUUUGAUGAUGCAUGGGAAAGAAAUCAUAAUUUCUGUUACCUAUCGCUUCUGAGGGAGACAAAAAAUCAUUUUGGACCUCAAUUUCUUGAAUACGUAGAUGAUGUGAUUGGAUUUAGGUCUCUUUCCUCUCAACAAUUGAAGGCUGUUGCUAGGCUCCAGCUAAGGGACCUUGCCGUGUACAUGACCCAGAAGGGCCUCAUCAUUUACUCCUCUGAAGCUGCAUUGGAUAUUAUUGUGCGGAGAUCAGCUUGGCCUGGAGAUCGAAUUAAAGGUGGAGAGAAAAUAAGGAUGUGGCUGGAACAGAACUUGGUCCCUGUGCUCUUCGAGAUGAUUUCAAAGAAUGAGAUAUCUGAUUUAUCUAUCAUGUAUAUUGAAGCGUCAGUGGAGUCGGAUCAAUUGUCUUUCAGAAUGGAAAAGACUGGACGUCUAUUAGAAGAACGAGACGUUAAUCAGUUAGCCUCUUUAAAGGAAUUGAGAUUAAUGUACCAGAAAGAGAAAGAAAGAGCAAAGCGAAUCUACAUGCUGAGAAAAUUUCAGAACAAAUUGAUGGCUAGUGCAAAUGCUGGAUUUGAUCAUGUGACGAAUGUUGUUCAAGAUCUGGUCAAUAUAAUUCAGGAUCUCAUUACAAUUCCCGGUAGCAUCGUCAGGUCCUUCCUGGAUAAUCCUAAAAAGGUGGCAAUGGCGGCCUUGAAUGAGGAUGAGGUUAGGCAGAACAAGAGGGCAAAAAAAGGGACCAAGGGAUGAUCAAGGUGAAAUUACAUUACUCUGAUCAAGCAAGCUUAUUCUCAGAUGCAGAAGUUAGGCCUAUGAUCUAUUUAAGCUUAAUGGAGUACAAGUAGCCAAAACUGCUUGUUUUUGGACCAUUAUAGGUUUUACUAGAUCCCAUUGCUCAAAGGGACUUGGCAGAGCCUCAACUGCCGGACUGAGGUGCCAAGUCGAUGUAAAUUAAGGCAUCAGACUAACAGGAAAGAAAGAAGUCGACCUUUUUUUUUCCCCAACUGUAAACAGCAAAGGAUUUAUAUUAUGGAUUUUCACAGUUAUAUAAUGAGGAUGAUAGAUUUUAGCUG